CCGCCCCAGAUCCCGGGCGUCUCUCUUGGGCGCUCGGACUUGGUAGGCUGCUUAAGGCACUGCCACGACUCGGAAGUCCUGAGGCACUCCUCUGUCCGCGGCAGAGGCGAAGGGGCUUUCCCAUCCCUGAAGCGAUCCGUGAUGGUACCUGAGAGGUGGGGCUUCUUGCCCCGCUUGGGCACGAGAAUUUGCCGGAUCAAUCCCCAUGUCUCUUCAGGGUGGCCUGAUCAUGCUAUUCUGGGUUUUUGGGAGGGAGGGGAGGAGCGGGAGUAGAAAUGAAACUUGUGACUCACCCAGUUUAUUCCUUUUUCCCGUUCAGGGUCUGGUGACUCUUCACCAGAGGUCAUUAUGUAGCCAAGACAGUGUUCAAGAACCUUCUAAACUGUUCAUGACCUUUGUAUCUAUCUAUUGUGCCUAUAGCUUCAGGGGCUUUAAACACUUUUAAAUUUGAGUCAAGGCUCAUCUAAUUCCCUUUUUUAGUAUGUAAAAUCCAAAUUUGUCAUAUGUGACAUAUCUUUUGGGUGAGACAUGACAAAUAGUGGAUAAGCCUUAAAGUAAGGAUCCUUCCUUCUUCAGAGGUCAGAUCCUGUGCUGUUCACCCCUUUCCCAGUUGUACAGCAUGCCCUGCAAUUCAAAGUUAACUAUAAUUGUGUUCUUAAGUAUUUGAUUUGUAAUACUGUGUGAGAAAGGUUCCACUAUAUCAAGCAAAGCUAACUCUUGGGGGGUCUUUCAGUACUUGAGAGCUGGAAGGAAAACUCUUAGGUUAUUUCUGGAACCCAUGUCUGUUAUGUGCUUACAUGUUCCAUGUAUGUGGGUUAAUGACAUUGCAGGAGUUACUUUAAGGCAUUUGUGUGGUGCAUGUGUGCCUUGUCUUUAAAAUGUUCACUGCAUGCCUUUGUUCUUAUUCCCCUGUAUGUAACUAGGGAGAAGCUGUAGUUGAGCACAAGCAGAAAAUUAAUGCUCUUCUCUGAUACAAUUCACCUAUAUAUGAAAUGGAAAGCUGCUAUCAGACAAACCAAAGAAUAAAACCUGCAGAUUCUAGACUCCUCGCUCCCUUCAUGGGCUUAUGUUCAGCAUAUCUUUCUGUUGCCUUGAUGUAUGCAGGUUCUACAGGAAGCUUAAAGUGCUAUGAGAAACCAUCAGAGCAAAAAGUGCUACUUGCAGAUCUAGUUCAGGCUAUGUACAUUCAUUGCAUGAUAGUGUGCUGUUGUGUAGUCGUAUUUGGGUAUUGGCCUUAUGUGGUAUUAUCUUAUGUGUUUCCUUGCUCCUUUUAUGGGGAGAGCUGUUGGUAUUUUCUCUGUGGGACUACACAUCAGAAAAUAACUGAGAGCAAUGAAGAUUUGUUGGAUGGCAGCUGUCUGUUUCAGCGUGGGGUGGGCAAUAAUGAAUUCUAAACUAGCAUAAAGAGUUUUCUGCGGCAGGUAAAUUCUGUGACCUACAUGUUACAGCAACACUAGCUUUAGAGCAAGAGAAGCAGUGGGAGCCUUGCCUGGUUAUCAGACAUGGCAUUAGAGAUAAUGAAUUCCUGAGUUUUGGUGGAAUAACUUGUGUGAGAACUGAGCUGAGGUUAGUGAAAUAUGCACCUUACCUCAAGCUUCCAUACGUUUCCAAGGUUUGGACAACGAGUACUACAGAAGUUUCAGACUCAUUGAUGUUAAUGUAAGAUCUAAUCUCAUUAAACAUAUGAGGGGAAGGAUUCUUUAAGCCUCCUAUGUUAGUUUUAAGUGAGUUGGUGACUGAAAAACGGCUAGCUGGAUUUUUCUUCAUCCUGGCUCAACAGUUAAGUGUAUUUCACCCAGAAAAUAAACAAUUAAGUAAUCCAAGAGUAAGUAGCUCUUUAGUAAUUCUGUAAUGAACCGCUGUACCUCAGAAUCUGUCUCAUACGUGUGCCCUACUUACUGUUGCCUAAACAAACGAAAGUAGUUAGGAAACAAAGCUUGGAUUUAUAAGUUGUUACAAUAUAAUGCAACUCUUGCAUACAAGAAUCUGAACAUCCUAAUCCCCUUGAUCCAUGGGGUUGAUUACAGAAGGAUUACUGGUUUCAGAGCGUCCUGAUUAGAUGAAGUGGUUAUGAGAAUGUUCUAACUCUGAUACACUUCUUUCAUAGGCUAUCUGAGGUUCAGGACCUUAAAAAUGGCGUUAGCAGCAAUUGAUCCACAGCAGAACGUUGUAUCGAGGGUUGUCAACCUUCCUUUGGUGAGCUCCACUUACGAUAUGGUGUCUGCAGCUUACAUCACCACAAAGGAUAACCAUCCUUAUUUGAAGUCGGUAUGUGAGAUAGCAGAGAAAGGAGUGAAGACAAUUACUUCAGUAGCCAUGACGAGUGCUAUGCCUAUCAUCCAGAAGUUGGAACCACAAAUUGUAGUUGCCAACAACUAUGCAUGUAUAGGUCUAGACAAAAUUGAAGAGAGACUGCCAAUACUGAAUCAACCCACUGACAAGGUUGUUGCCAAUGCCAAGGAUGUAGUUGUUGGAGCCCGGGAAGCUGUAACAACCACUGUGACUGGUGCCAAGGAAACUGUUGCCCACAAAAUCACUGGAGUUGUGGGCAAGACUAAAGAAGCGAUGCAAGACAGUGUAGAAAUGACCAAGUCAGUUGUCAAUGGCAGCAUUAACACUGUCCUGGGAAGUCGUGUGAUGCAAAUGGUUAGCAGUGGAGUGGACAGUGCACUCACUAAAUCGGAGACUCUUGUAGACCAGUAUCUCCCACUUACAGAAGAGGAGCUAGAGCAAGAAGCUGCAAAAGUUGAAGGAUUUGAAAUUGGAGUUCAAAAGCCAAGUUACUAUGUUAGACUAGGAUCUCUGUCUUCAAAGGUUCGUGCACGUGCCUACCAACAAGCCUUAAACAAAGUUAGAGAUGCUAAGCAGAAAAGCCAGGAGACAAUCUCUCAGCUCAACCACACUGUUAAUCUGCACAUUGAGUCAAGAACUCUAGCUAUUGCACGGAGCCUCACUCAGCAGCUUCAGACCACCUGCCUCACACUGGUCUCAAGCAUACAAGGGCUUCCACAGAAUGUGCAGGACCAGGUUUAUAGUGUUGGGUCAAUGGCAGGUGAGGUCUACCAGAGCUUUCGGUCAGCAUCUUCCUUCCAAGAGCUGUCAGACAGUUUCCUUACGACAAGCAAAGGACAGCUGAAGAAAAUGAAGGAGUCUCUGGACGAUGUGAUGGAUUAUCUUGUUAACAACACACCGCUUAACUGGCUGGUUCCAGAUUUCACUAUUACAGACUUGUCUUCAGAGUCAGAUGAUAUCCCAGACAUUUUGGAUUUGGAUGAAGAAGAUCAACAAGACUUUUCACGCACAAAUGGCCCUUUCACUGCAGGGCAAAGAGUUGAAUAAAAAAAAGGCAUAAAAAUGUCUUUUUGAUCCCAGUGUAUUUUAACCGUUUAACUUAUAUAAAGAUGAAUCUACCUAGCUUUGGGUUUUUGUUUUCCAGAUUGGGUUUUUUUGUUUGUUUGUUUUUGAAUCAGUACUGUUUCACUUAGCUUCAUCAAAAAUCUGCUUUUUUCCCCCUGAGGAAUGCAUGCUAGGUUAAUUCAAUAGCAUGGGUGUCAAGCUCCUAUCCUGCAAGCCAGAUAAAGCCUAAUCAAUGUAUCCCACUGAUCUAAUCUUUGCUAAUGAUUUGUAUCAAUAUUUGUUCUCCUGUUGGCAGUAGCCAAGAAAACAUGGCAGUGCUUUGCACAAAGGGCUGCCAACAAAAGCAGUUGACUAGAACUUGGCUGGCAAAAUUUCCCCUUUCAGCCUGCACAUAAAGUGCUUCUGCAUCAACCUCUGCUGCUGGAAGGGGCAACAGACUUUGGCUGGCUCAGAUUCUCCCAGGUGACUCUUGCUGGGCUCCGAAUCUGGCAAGAGUGCUUUACGUGUGAAAGGGCUCUGUUUCCUUCUGCGUGCCUCCUGCGUGCAAGGCCCACUUGAUGCUAUCGGUUGUGGGGCCUGAGACUAGAAGAAAUAAUUAAAGAAGAAAGUCUUACAGGGUUAAGGAAGACAGCUGAGAAAAAAGGGGGAAGACACUGGAAAGAGCAAGGAAAAAAAGAGAAGGAAAAGGAGGGAGACAAACAGAUGUGGGACAAAAGCACAUUCAAAGAGGGAAUAAUGGAGAAGAGUGUGAAAGUGCUAGUUUUCCUGGUGACAGUGAACGUCUUUGGAAACAUCGGAAUUAAAUAAUUGCUCAGAAAUGCUGAAUUUGCAUUUGCUUGCACACAGGAUGAUUUUCAGUAGGAGUUUUGGGUACCUAGGAACUCAAUGAGCAGCCAGCUGGUUGUGUUUCUAUGCAAGGGUCCUGUUGAACUCCCUAUGCAGAAAUCUCAUUGAUGUUACUGGAGUGGCUGGGGGAGGUGUGGAGAAGUUACGUGGUGCUACUUUUGCGCACCAGCUGAUUCUGCACAGAAACAUUCUUUGGAGCAAUGCAGUUGUGAGGUUGGCACCCCUGCUCUCUAAUAAUAUAAUUCUAAUAAUAUGAUGCUUGACUGUUGUGAAAACUUUAAGGUCUAGUCAUUGAACAUGCCUUGAAAUAAAAAGUGUGAAUUAUACAA